AUGGGCAUGGCUGAGAAGAAGUCUGUGACGUGGAAGGUAGGGCUGAUCACCAAGACGCUGGACCGGUGCUGGAGCACGCCAGUGAUGAACAAGCUGGCCGAGGGCUGCUUUUCGGUGUACGUCGGCUCCGAGAGGCAGCGGUUCGUGGUUCGCACCAAAUGCGUGAACCACCCGUUGUUCUGGGCACUGCUGCAGGAGGCCGAGGAGGUGUUUGGGUACGCGACUGGAGGGCCCCUCGAGCUUCCCUGCAAUGCUGAGGCGUUCGCCAUGGUGCUGGAGCAGAUCGAGCAGGAGAAGCAGAUGACGUCGGGAAGGAGGUACGGCCUUGUCAGGCGGGACUCCUACCAGCUGCUUGGCACCGCCUGGCUUGUCAACAUCAACCGGUCCUAG